AUGGACUCCAAUAUUUUGUGGUUUAUCGUCGUUUUGGGGAUACAGUUUUCAAACGCAGUAGAUACUGGACGAUAUAAUUUAGUAACCAAAACAAAAGUCCCAUAUGAAACAGCAGUGACGAAUUGUGAAAGUGAUGGGAAAGAAAUUCUGACUCUCCAUACGAGUGAAGAUUAUGACGAAUUCUUAAACUGGUUACCAAUAUUGAGCGAUGGUGUACAUGGACAAGAAAAAGAUAUUUGGGUGGGGUUGAAACAAAUUGAAACUGGUGAACAAAACUAUGCCUGGGUCGACGAUAACAGUCCAUUGGAGAAGCAGCCAUGUUGGAAGUCCGAUGAACCGUCCGACAAUAACCAAAUUCAAUGUGCAUAUAUGGAUACCAAUGAGGGCAAAUUGUCGACAGAAAUCUGUACAGAGACAAGAACAGUAGCUUGCUACGACCCAGUUUUAGGUAAAUAUACGAUAACUAGUAAAGCCGAAACGUUUUAUAAUGCAUCCGAAGAAUGUUCCAAACUUGGUCAACAUCUGCCGAUUAUCAAAACUACAGAACAGAGAGACGGACUGAAACAAGCAACGUCUAAUAGUGAAAACGUGUGGGUUGGCCUGAUAGAAGUAGAGAGUAACAUAUAUCUUUGGAUAAACGGCGAUGGAUUGCCUAGAUACAAAUGGGACAAUAAGGAAAGCGGGAAUCUAGUUCAUGGUCACAGAGCCGACAGAAAAGAAAACUGUUUUGAACUUCAUGCACCAGAUAAGGAAGAGGACAAUCAAAAGCCAAGACCUUAUGUAUGUCAAAAGAAAAAAAGAAACAGCACGUUGGACAAUUACUUCAAGUUGGAAGAAGCGAAUGCUAUGAUGUACCUAGCACCACUUAAUGUCUCCUAUAUCCUGAAGAGAACAGAGUGCGCUGUGCAGUGCUCAAAAGACCCGACAUGUUUGCAGUACACCCUGAAUGGAAGUGUGUGUAAGACGUAUGGAAAGGGAUUAUAUUUCAUAUCCCAUCAAAAUGGUGUGAAAUUGUUUAAAAGACGAAUUGUGUCUAAUUAUUUGUAACAUUAAAACCUACAUCACU